AUGUUUCUUUUCACUAGACCGGAGUCCAAAAAUACUUCAUCUGGUUUGCUAACUACGACCGUAAGUACAAAUUUCUUCAAGAGCAAGUAUUUCAGAAACCAACCAUCAUACUGGAAUAAUUCGUACACAAGUCCAGAUGAAGUCUUUUGGUGUCUAGACAACAAGCAUGGUUUGUAUUGUCACCUUCUAUGUGGCCUUGUCCAAAGAGAAGAUAUUGUAAGACUGGGAGCUAUUUUCUCUUUCGUCUUGAUUAGAGCAAUCACUUUUCUUGAAAAUAAUUGGAGAGAACUGUGUAUUAAUAUCCGAUUAGGUCAAGUAAGCGAGUGGAUCACUGACCUUAGUUGCCGAGAAUCGGUCUCUAAGAUACUUUGA